AAAAAAGUAUCCAAGUCACUGACUGAUUAUCGUAUUUGAAUUAGGUUUGCGUUAAAUUUUCUAAACAACGAUGCACCAAAGAUACAGGUCACCGAAUGGUUAUUGCGUUUAUAUUAGGUUUAGGAUAAGUUCCCUAAACUACGAUAUAAUCAUAAUCGAGUUUCACAUCUAGGAAAAUUCUAAAUAUACGAUUUGUUUCCCUUGGUUCUCUGUCUCGGAAUAUAUUGUAUUACUGACAUUACCUAGUUUCUGGAUGGGAAAGACGAUACUUUGCCCUGACACGCUGGCAAGAUAAAUUCUAAAUAAACAUGAUAUCGCCAAUAGAUGAACCUUUAUUCUCUGAUAUUGCACUUCGUAUGCUAAUGAAUACCGUUUCGCAUCCUAUCGAAUACGCUAAAGUUUUAAUACAGAUCGGAUAUGAACCGAUUCCACCACGACCUACAACUACUUUAUUUGGACAACCGGCUUUAGCUUUACCUAACGUUUUUCAGUACGUUAGAUACAUAAAGAAUGUAGAUGGAUUCACUGGUUGCUACCGUGGUCUUAUUCCAAAAUUAUGUGCCUACACUGUGAGUGCUGUAGCUUUUGAAAAAGCUUCUAAAUGCAUUAAAUUUAAUGAUGAACCGAGUAAAGAAAUUUAUGAUUGCGAUUUAGAAGAAAGUCAGAAUCAUAAAAAAUGUAUAUAUGAAUUCAUACGAGACCUAAUUAGUAGAAUGAUUGGAAUUAUAGUUAGCCAUCCGUUAGAUGUUAUUGCGUUAAGGAUGAUGGCACAAUUUGUUGGUGGAGAAACAAAAUACAACGGAUUGUUUAGAUCGUUUGUAGAAGUAUAUAAAGAGAAUGGAAUCAUGGGAUACUAUGCAGGAUUAUUACCUCGGCUCAUUGGAAAUGCUGCUGUAUUAAUGCUAGUCAGUUCAUCUACUUAUGUUAUUGAUAAAUACAUUAUAAGUGAUAGAGAAUUGAAACCAUAUGCAGUUUCUGUCAUAAGGUUUAUAGUAACAACAAUUACAUAUCCAUUUUUAGUGGUAUCACACUGUAUGGCAGUUAAUAAUUGUGGAUUAAUUGCCGGUCUUCCUCCACAAAUGCCAAUUUACAAUAGCUGGUUAGAUUGCUGGUCUCACCUUUCAGCUACCAACCAGUUAAAAAGAGGAAACAGUCUCUUAUGGCGUUAUUAUAUGGGGCCACAAGUGAUAAUUAAUGGAAAGCCAAUACCCAUUAACAAAUACAAUUUCCACUUGCAAAGUACAACAUAGUAAUAAGACAUUGCAUUUAUUUGUAUUUGAAAAACUAAUAGUAAAAUCACUUCUGUGCUAUA